UAAUUUCUGUACAUGAAAUCAUUGUGAUCAAAUAAUACAGCUACUAACAACAUCUCGAUAAUAAAUUUAAUAUAAUAGAUUAGUCUAUAGAUUUAAUGAAGAAAUUAACAAAAAAAUACAUAAAAUUUAUCGUUUUUAAGUUAAAGUGUUCAACAUGAAGAUAGUUUGCGCUGCCAAAACUUGUAAAUACUCUUUGGAUAAUGAAGACUCGACAAAUGUCAAAUUCAUUCACUUUCCGAACAGUGAUACUUCAAAAAUAUGGGCACAUCAGUGUGAUAGAACGGAUCUUUUAAUGAAAUCUAAUGAAGAAUUGUAUUCAAAUUAUUAUAUAUGUUCUCAUCAUAUAGAAGAUCGUUAUUUCAUAAAUAAGACAGAUCCUGUGAUAAUAGAUCAACAUGCUAUUCCAACAUUAUUUGAAUCUGAUAUUAUUGCUGGAAAGGAUUCAAAAAAUGUCUUUGAUAAAAAUGAACAAACAGAAAUAACUGAUAAUGUUAUGUUAUCAUAUUGUGAUAUGGAUGUUGAAAUGGAUCAGUAUCAUGAAAUCAGUAUUAAAUUUUCAAAUUUAUGUAGAAUAUGUGAAGAACCAUGUUUCGAUGGUAUAGAAAUAUUUUCACUGAGAGGAAUAGAUCUGAGGCUAAAAGAAAAAAUAAGUUUACAUUUACCAAUCAUGGUUGAUAUGGAAGAUAUAAUGCCACAGAAAUUGUGCAUGAAUUGCUAUAAUAAGUUAGAAGUUGCACAUUCGUUAGUUAUAACAUCUUUAAGAACAGACAUGAGGUUGAAAAAAUUUUUGAAUAUUAAUGCGGAACUAAAUUAUGAUCAUAAGUAUAGUGCCAUAGCAAAAAAGUGUUCCUUAGAAAUAGAUGAAGAAAUGUCUAUGAAUGAAACAACUGAUGUUACACCUGUAGAAUUAUCUUCUAGCAAAAUUUCUAUGAAUCAGGAUGUUCCUAAAGAAUUUAGUGACUUGGAAAAUACCAAUGUGCAAAAAGAUAGUUUUCAAAAUAAUAUAAGAAAAGAAAUGCAAUCUGAAUUAAAUAGCUUUAUUGCAUCACAUAAUCAGGAAAUUAAAGAAGAUGAAUGUACAGAUAGACUAGCAAAAGAUUAUUCAGAUAAUAAAAUAUUAAAUAAUGAAAUUCAAUGCUUGUAUUGUAAAAAUAUGUUUAAAACACAAGAGAUGUUUGAAAAUCACAAAAUGUUGUGUGAUGGAGGAGAAAUAGUUGUACAGAAGGAAAAAGAAGCUAAUAAUAUGAAUGAUAAAGAAUCCAAUAAUAUAAAGAUAAUGAAUCUUCAAUUUAUAACAAAAACUUGUAAUGUUUGUCAUGCAAAUUUUGAAACUGAGAAACACUUUGUUGAACAUAAACUUUCGUAUUGUAAAUUUCUUCAGGUAAAAGAUUAUCAAAUUACUGAUAAAAUAAUUAUGAACAAAGAACAGUGCAAUAAUCAUGAAGAUUCCUACAAUACCAAUAAUCCAUCAAUGGAAACCAAUAAAAAAUGUGGCCAUUGUGGUUUGAUUUAUAUUACUAAAAAGGAAUUAUUAAAUCAUAUUAUGGACUGUCAUGAAGGUCAACUUCUAUUUAAAUGUAUCAUGUGUGAUAGAAGCUAUGAAAAAUGGUCUAGUUUAGAUGUACAUGAAGCCACUCAUAGGAUAGAUAAACCUUAUUUAUGUGAUUUAUGUGGAAAGAGUUUUAAACAUUCCAAUAAUUUAAGAGGUCAUAAAAGAACUCAUUUAGAUGAUUCAAAAAAGAAACGACACAUUUGUGACAUUUGUGGAAAUGCAUUUAGAUCUAGGUUUCAUUUGGGAGAACAUAUGAAUCAACAUAAUGGAAAUAAACCUUACUCCUGUGAAAAGUGUGGCAAAGCUUUUUACAAAAGAAUACAACUAAGACAGCAUAAACUUUCUCAUGGUUUGAAUAAACAUGUCUGUCCAAUUUGUGGCACAGCUUUCAAUCGUAAAGGAAACAUGAAUACACAUCUUAAACGUCAUAACAGUAGAGAUGGUAUAUAUACAUGUAGCAUAUGUACACACACAUGUAAAUCAAUGAGUGAGCUAAAGUUACAUAGAAAAAAACAUACAGAACAAGAUACUAUAGAAAACAUAGAAAAGAAACAUAUAGAUAAACCUACAUGGAAAUGUAAGAGUUGUGACCGAAUAUUUUCAACUCGAACGGUAUUAUUAAAUCAUGAACGUACACAUAAAGAAGAUAAAAUAAGUAUCGAUUGUAAUAUUUGUGGAAAAAAAUUAGCAAGCAAAAAUUCUCUGGUGUAUCAUAAAAAAUCCAUUCAUUCUUCGGAGAGACCGUAUAUGUGUCAAUAUUGUGAAGAAUCGUUUGUUUCCAAAGAAUCACGUCUUAUACACGAAAGAAUACAUACCGGAGAACGUCCUUACGUUUGCAAAAUAUGUAAAAUGGAAUACAAAUGUUCAAGUAAUCUUAAUCAGCACGUAAAAAUUCAUUCUGGGAUUAAGCCUUAUAUAUGUAUAUAUUGUAAUAAAAGUUUCACGCGUAGAGGAACGUUAAAUGUGCAUGAAAGAAUACAUACUGGAGAGAAACCAUUUGCUUGCGAAACGUGUGGUAGAACAUUUUCUCAGAAAAAUGACAUGAUCAAGCACACUAAAACACAUAAUGCCAAAUCGUUGUCUUGUGAACAAUGCAAUGAAGUUUUCGCAAGAAAAAAAGAUAUCCUAAAGCAUAUUGCUUUGCACGAACAAAAUAAUCCUAUAAUUCAGGAAUAUGUAGAGAUACAACAAGAAAUAGAACCUUACAGUGUGGAUAUAGCAUGCUCUGAAUUUGAAUAAUUUUUUUUAUGUAUAAAAUAAAAUAAAUAUUAGGUACUAAAAUAAUUUGUGCAUGUAGGUACAUAAAUUUAGUUAACAGAUUUCGCCUGCGUUUAGUUUCAAUUUCAAUUACUGUUGCUAAUGUCGUAUUUAUCUUGAAUCGAUAACGUUACAUGUGAUAUGAAGUUGAUAGAGGAAUCACCUGACCAUUUUAGGAAAUAGUAAAAAUUAAUUUGUAUAUUUGCUCAGGGAUUUACUUCGAUCACGUAAUACAAAAUCUUUUAAUACGUUAGAUUUAUUUUAUUUUAUACUUAUUCGUGAUAGUUGAUGAUA